AGUUCAUAUUCGGCAGAUCAGCGACAGAGAAAAGCAGAGCAGCGGAACAUCUCUCAAUACAUCAUUUGGUCUCUCCGCCUCUCUUUCUCUCCCCCUCUCAUAAUCAAAGAUUUUGUAUUGUUCGGAUUCAUCAACAUCAAGAGUUUGAUAUCUUUUUAUACAACUCCAAACAUGCCUCAUCAUCAUCAUCAUCGUCAUGGAAUGGAGCACCUGCUGGGCCUCCUGAAGAUCAAGGUUCUCAAGGGGGUCAACCUCGCCAUCAGGGAUGUUAGCCUCAGGACCAGUGACCCUUAUGUUAUUGUCAAGAUGGGCUCUCAGAAACUGAAGACUCGGGUCGUGAAGAAGAGCACAAACCCGGAGUGGAACGAGGAGCUUACUCUCUCCAUUGAUGAUCCUAACCUCCCUAUCAAAGUGCUGGUGUACGACAAAGACACGUUCACACUGGACGAUAAGAUGGGUGACGCAGAGUUCCACAUUGGGUCCUUCCUGGAAGCCCAGAGGACGCUCCUCGACAGGGUCCCCAGUGGGACUGUGAUCUCCAAGGUCCAGCCGAGCCGCGAUAACUGCUACGCCAAGGAGAGCCCCAUCAUUUGGAAGGAUGGGAAAGUCGUCCAAAACAUGGUGCUCAGGCUUCGAAACGUUGAGCGCGGAGAGGUGGAACUCGAGAUCCAUUGGGUUGAUAUUCCGGGCUCGAGGGGUCUGGCUUUGUAGAGAGCGAGCCCCGGACAAAGCUGGGCCAAUACCUACGAGCAUAUAUGUGUGCAUCGCUCUUUCUUUCUUGGGUUCCUAGUCAUGCCGAAUUGUACAGAGAAGGGUCGUGCCCUGGACUUAAAUGUAGUAUAGCGGCGCAAGGAGCGCCGAGAUAUUUGAACUUGAAGAAUUUUUUUUUAUCAGAAUAUUCUCUUACAAUUUUGGAAGAGCGAAUAUUAAAGAUUAUUUCCUCUUCGUAGAAAAAGA